AUGCUCGUCCGCCUCAGCCGUUCCCGUGUGAUCUCCACUCAGCAGGUAGCCGCGGGAGUGCGCACAAUGCCGCGCAAGGAGAGCAGAGAGGGUAAGGGUCAGAAGAAAGAUGCCCCCCAGAGUCCGCAGCCCACAGGUCCAGUUAUAAGAGAUAAAAGUGGAUCCAUUUCUAUUGCUAUUCACGCUAAGCCAGGUUCCAAACAAAAUGCUAUAACAGACGUAACGUCAGAGGCUGUUGGUGUUGCCAUUGCUGCUCCUCCAACUGAAGGAGAGGCGAAUGCUGAAUUGUGCCGCUAUCUAUCAAAGGUUUUGGAAAUAAAGAAGAGUGAAGUUGUUCUCGACAAGGGAGGCAAAAGUCGAGAAAAGGUUGUAAAGAUUUUAGCCACUACUACCAUAGAAGCUGUGUUAGAGAAGCUGAAGAGUGAAGCAGGAAAAGGAUGA